AUGGCUGAUAGUGGCUUUGGGAAAAAAACCGCCAAGCGUCCCAACUGUUCAUCUACUUCUCAGAAAGAUGCACCUUGUGUCAGUUCCAGUAAAACAAGGCUUAUUCCAGUGUUAGUGGCGUCGGAAACGUCAGGUACAUCAAGCCUUGGUGAAGCAGACUCUUCAAUUCCACUGGAGAGAAAAAAAGAACAACGAAUUAUUAAAUAUAAGGCCUUUGCAAAAGAUGUGCCCUCAAAAUCCUCAAAUAUAGAGAAAAAGCCAUCUCAACAACAGUGGGGUCGGGGCAACGUUUCCGAAGUAAAAGUUCCUCACAUCAGGGUGGACGACGGAGCUGCUAUUCAGGAAAUAUACACAUUUGGAAGAAUAUUGGGAAAAGGGAGCUUUGGAGUGGUCAUUGAAGCUAUAAACAAGGAAACAGGAACUAAGUGGGCAAUUAAAAAAGUGAACAAAGAAAAGGCUGGAAGCUCUGCCGUGAAGUUACUUGAACAGGAGGUGAACAUCCUAAAAAGUGUGAAGCAUGAGCACAUCAUACAUCUGGAACAGGUGUUUGAGACGCCCAAGAAAAUGUAUCUUGUGAUGGAGCUUUGUGAGGAUGGAGAACUCAGAGAAAUUCUGAAGAGGAAAAAGCAUUUCUCAGAGAAUGAGACCAGGUGGAUCAUUCAGAGUCUCGCAUCAGCGAUAGCCUAUCUGCACAGUAACGAUAUAGUACAUAGAGAUCUAAAACUGGAAAACAUAAUGGUUAAAAGCAGCUUUACUGAUGCUAACAAUGAAAUGAACUUAAACAUAAAGGUGACUGAUUUUGGCUUAGCGGCAAAGAAGCACGGCGGGAGUGAGGCCAUGCUGCAGAGCACGUGUGGGACUCCUACCUAUAUGGCCCCUGAGGUGAUCAAUGACCACGACUACAGCCAGCAGUGUGACAUUUGGAGCAUAGGUGUCAUCAUGUACAGUUUGUUAUGCGGAGAACCACCCUUUUUUGCAAGCUCAGAAGAGAAGCUUUUUGAGUUAAUAAGAAAGGGAGAACUGCGUUUCAGUGAUCCAGUGUGGGAUUCCAUAAGUGAUUGUGCUAAAAGUGUUUUGAAACAACUUAUGAAAGUAGAUCCUGCUCACAGAAUCACAGCUAAGGAGCUGCUGGACAACCAGUGGAUAACAGGCAAUACACUUUCUUCGGUGAGACCUACCAAUGUGUUAGAAAUGAUGAAAGAAUGGAAAAAUAAUCCAGGAAGUGAUGAGGAAAGCACAGCAGAUCAAAAGAACAAGUUGUCCAAUCAAGAAAAGUUGGAAGGUUACCGACUCGGCAGAACCAGCAAAAAUGUCCAGGCUGUCACUAGCAAUUCAGAAGAAGAGGAUAGAAAACAGCCCACCGCUCAUAAAAAGAAAUUUCCGGUGAAAAGUAAGAAGGAAAAUGCGGACAGCUCGGACAUGGGCAAUUCAAAUCCCACCCCUUACAGACCCCCUCCAGCUGGAGUCAAGGGAGAACUAGAGAAAUCCUCUGUGCCUUCAAACCAAGGAGCAACAACCAAAUACUCUACGAAGCCCAUUGCCCUGCCUAGAACCAAAAAGAAACCCUAAGGCUCCCUCCAACGCUGAACAGAACAAAGACAGAGCUGCUCUUUCUAGUGCUAAAAUGAGGAGAUAGGAGGUGAAAAGGACAGCUCUCUGUGAUCGUUUAGCCUUGAGCCCUGCAGUGUGUGUGCACCAGUUUAGAAUCCAAGCCAGUUACCUCCAAGCAGGUGGUGGUGAAGGACAGCCACCAGCAGGCUUGAGGGCGGGGCUGGGGCUGAAAUCA